AUGGCUGAUGCUUUACUUACAGAGCCAGUCAUCAUUGUUGGGGGAGGCACCUUUGGUACGACAACGGCCUUCCACCUAGCAAAGAAAGGGUACACAAAUGUCACAGUUCUGGAUCGCUUCCCAGUACCUUCAUUAGAAGCGGCUGGCAAUGAUAUCAACAAGGUUGUUCGAACAGAGUACCCAGACCCCCUUUACACAAAGUUGGCCACCGAUGCAAAGAACAUUUGGAGCAAUCCAAAUGGAUUACUAUCUGGGCUGUACCAUCCUAGCGGCUGGAUUAUUGGCGCAUCGGAUCGCUCUAUGCCAUUCGUAGAGGCUUCAAUCAAAAGUGCAAAGACCGUCGGGACUGAACCUCCGAAACUUGUGUCCACAGAGGAAGUUCAUCAGAAAUGGCCAAUGAUAAAUGGUGAUCUCCCCGGCUGGCAGUCAUAUUGGAGCUCUGGUGGAGCAUGGGUGAAUGCCAGAGAAGGAAUCACAAGAAUGGCUCGAAAGGCCAUAAACAGCGGUGUCAAGUACAUUUCUGGGGAUGCCGGAUACGUCAAACAGUUGCUAUUCGAUGCUAACUCAACAUGCAUUGGGGUCCGGUCCGCCGAUGGCUCAAAUUAUCAUGGCACGAAGAUCGUGGUCGCAGCUGGAGCUGCUGCCGGUAGCAUUUUGGACUUGAAAGGCCAGAUAGUGGCUAAAGGCCAUACUAUCGGUCAUAUCCAACUCUCGCCCGAAGAGAUCGAGAGAUACAAAGACAUGCCAAUUAUCGAUCAUCUGGAAGGAGGAAUUCUCUUUCCACCGCAAGAGGAUGGUAUCAUGAAAAUUGGCGCUAUCCAUUUUGUGACAAACUAUGCGAAAUCCUAUCAUGGAAUGUCGCUGCCUCGUUAUCGCUCAGACAACCCAGGAGAUGAUAUACCGGCCGAAAUAGAAGCCCGUCUUCGUCGAUGGAUGUCGGAGUUUGUGCCCGAGCUCGCUCAACGUGAAUGGGUCGAGACUAGGAUCUGCUGGGACGGUGAUAUGCCCGACUAUCACUUUUUGAUCACUCCCCAUCCUACACAUAAAAAUUUGAGCCUUGCAAUCGGAGGCUCCGCACACGGAUUCAAGUUCCUGCCAGUGCUGGGUAAAUACAUUGUUGAAAUGAUGGAGGGAACACUUGAUCCAGCUAUUUCUGCGAAGUGGAAGUGGCGACCUGGUGCCAAAUUGUCGGCUUACGAGGCCAACCCUCACCCGGAGGUUCCAGUAGAUCUGAGCUCGCUACAAGGUUGGGAAACACCCCCAAAGAGCUUGCUGUAA